AUGGCGGUCAAGCGGCGCAGAGGCGGCCGAGGGCGGGCUGAGAACGGCGCGGGCGCUCCGGGCUGGACGGGGGAGCGGGCGGCCGCGGGUCCCGCUCCCGGGGAAGCCUGGGCUUGGGGGUGCCGAGCCGCGCUGGCGCUGCUGCUGCUCGGGGUGGCCGCCGCCGGGGUGGCCCUGCUGGGCUGGCUGCUGGUGCACCAGCUGGGGGCCCUGGAGCAGCUGCGGGAGGCGCUGGGGAAGCUGCGGGGCCGCCUGGCCGAGCUGGAGGCGCUGCGGGAGCAGGAGCAGGGGACGAGAGAGCAGCUGUCUAACACGGCGGAGCUGGAGCGGCGACUCUCUGACCUGGAGCUGGCCCAGAUGCUGUCUAGGCAGAAACUGGAGCGAGCCUCUGCCGCUGCUGAGCGCAUCGGGGCCUCUGACCCCAUCGGCAAGCUUGCCGCCUUCCAGGUGGAAGUGAAGCAGGCCAUCAGUGAGCUGAGAGGAGAGCUCCCCUCCGGGACCGAGCUGGCUGCACUGCAGAGCCAGCUGGAGCAGCUGAGAACCACCGAGCUGGAGAUGCUGAGGCAAGAGGUGGCCGGGCUCUUGGCGUCGGGUUCCAGGCUGGAGCAGAGCGUGGCCUCGUUGACCAGCUCCCUCAGGAGCCUGGAAGAGAACGCUCAGAGCCUGCAAGCCAUGCAGCAGGAAGUGGAGCACGCUAAGGUGGCUGGCGAGAGAUUAGAGAACAGCAUGGGCUCCCUGUCAGCCCAGACCUUCAUCCUGGAGGGAAGCCUCAACCGCACCACACUGCUGGCACAUGGCCUGCAGCUGCAGCUGGAGCAGAACAGCAAGGCUCUGGCUGGGCUACAGGAAGUGGUAGCAAAUCAGAGAGGGAGCGACGGCUCUGAGCCUCGGCAGCUGGAGAAGCUCCGGGUGCAGAUCCAGCAGCUGCAGAUGGAGAGAUCAGCCAUGCAGGAGCGGGUGAACGAGGCGCUGCACAGCAUUGCUGACCAGAGGAGAGAGCUGCAGGGCAGGAUCUCAGAGCUGGAAACUGCUAUUCAUGCUCUUCAGGGCCAUGUGACUCAGGUGGAGCUGGGCAUGGUCAAUCUGAACACACAGCUCUCCACUGCCGUGGAGCAGCAGCUGCAGGGUCUAAAGCUUGGGAUGGCCAAUCUGGAGAGCAGCCUGGGCACCAGCUUGCAGCAAUGUCUCUCAGGAGAAGUACAGACCCGCUGUGAGACUGAGGGCAGCUGUGUGUGGCCGCGAGUCCGCGAGGUCAGCUUCCCGCACCGUGUCCCGACCCAGCCCGUGAUUAUGCUGGGGCUGGUGGGGCUGAGCGCUCAUGGCUCCGUGGGCAUCUCGGUGAGAGCUGUGGACGUCACAGACUCUGGCUUCAAAAUACACAUUGCCAACAUGGGCAACCAGAGCCUGUCCAGCGCGAGGGUGUCUUGGAUGCUGUGUGCAUAGACGGAAACUGUUAUGCAGCCCUUGGAGCAAGCAGCUGGGGCAUUGGGAGCAGGGGUUACUGAGCUGGUGGCAUCUGCUUUACUUGGACACAACCGUGGUUUGCUUUGGUUUUCUUUACAGUAAUUACACCUUACAGGGAUGAUAGGUGUAGAUGGGAUUCCAAUUAAUAGCCCCUCUCUUGGGAGCUGUGUACCCCCAUGGAAUGGCAGGCUGAACAGCCCCAGGCCUUGCUGAAGGCUCCUGGAAAGUGCAACUGACAAGAUCUGUCUUAAACUUUCAAACAUAAGCACCUAAACUGAGCCACCAACUGCGUGCACAUGGGCAACUCUGUGUGUGUGUGUGCGUAUGUAGCCACUCUGCAGCCACAGAUGUGCGGCUUGCUCUCACAAAAAGGUGCACCACAAGGCUGAUUGGGAGGGAAGUUUAGCACCUGAGUCUGUAAAGUUGGCCUGUAAACAUCUUUAUUUAGGGAUUUUUUUGGUUUUAUUAUUUUCAGUAGCAACUGUUGGAAUGUUCUCCUGCUGCCCACGUAGGAUUCUACCCAGUGCUUUGCAUGCCAGAAGUGUUAAAACUUAUGCAGGGAUGAUGCUAAUUGCUGGAUGCAGCCAAACUACUGAAGAUGUGGGACUACCUCUUUAUGUGUGCGUGUUUCCAGUUGAAAUUUCCUGGCUGAGCCAGUUGCUUCUGGCACAGUGUGAGCUUGCCUGUAUGGCAGAGGGUAUUGCAAGUCAGGGCUGCUCAUUCCUCACAGAGCUAUGGCUUCUUCUACUCUGAGCCUUACCCUGGAACAGAUGGACAGUCAUGCUAAGCUUUCUUGUAGCAUUGCAAGGUGGACUAAGCCUUCUCUGGACCUCUGAUCUCCCCCAAGUGAAACACCAGUGCGUUCAGACUGCUUCAGGUGUGCUUGCUUUUCUGUCUAAUUCUGCGGAAGGGAAGCAGCUUUAUUUUAAUGUAUACAACUCUCUCAGGCGGCUUUGCAGGCUACUAAUGGCUUGUCCAGCCUGCUGACCUAAGCACAAUACACCUGCUUCUCUCUUCUCCUUCCUUCCCCUGCCCAUCCCUGGAAGACGCACUGGAGCUCUCAACACAGCAGGCUCCAGGGUGGGAGAGGGGUCUACAAAGCAGGUUAUGGGUCCACCAUGAGACACCUUGCAAAGAUGGGAGGUGUGUGCAAUUCCACCCCCAUAGUCCCAGUUUGGAGGUCUUGUGUCCUGUGGUGGUGGGUACAGAAGGACUCUCGGCUGGUGCUACAUAUGUACCCCAUGGAGAUUUGUAGGUCUCAAAUUGGCAGGGUUGGGGUUGAGCAUAAUGCCUUCUGUGGCUGAAGGUCAGAACACAGAGGCUUCUUCUUGUCAGAAAGAAAAUGGGGGAGUGUUUCCCCAGAUUGUCUCCUCUGUGACUCUAGAGUGGAGCUAUCCGAGCACCCAAUCGAAGUCACUCCAAACCCCCACUCCCACAUCAGCUGGCAAUCUGCCUAAAUUGUCCUCUUCUCCUCCACACGUUCACUCUGCGCUGACUGAAAGGAGGAAGGACAGCCUUGUUAAAGCACAGAACUAGAAUGUUGGAAAUCCAUGUUCAGUUCCUUGCUCUGCCACACGUUGGCAGGUGGCUUUCCCUCUGCGCCUGGACUGUGUAAAGUACCAAGCGAUGCCCGCUGUCUGCAGAAAACCGUAGAGAUUUUUUCCCCCCCCCUAAAAAAGCAAGUUCUACAAACUGAAACACUGUGAUUUGGAAAUGGUGCUGCCCUGCCUCAUGGGAGCUGUGGUUCAGAUGUCUGUUCCCAUUCUCCUCUAUAGACUGCGUGGACUGUGUUUCCCAGAAUGCUCUCUGGUAAAUUACAGUUUUGUGUGGGGAGCAGAGCCUAUAAAAGAGAGGGAAUAUGAAGCUGCAUUUACCAGUCAAAAUAUUUUGGGGUUUGGGUGUAUUUUUGGUGGGGAAAAAUGAAAACUGUGUGUGUGUGUGUACACACACCUAUGUUUCCAACAACCAUCUCUAGCGCCAGUUAUUGUUUCUAAGCUCACUGGGUGCUAUCCGCUCGGACACAUGGCAGAUGCCUUCCCAAAAUGCCUGAGGGGGCCCUCGGGGAUCCAGAACGUUCCAGCGUUGUCUCAUCACCUGAACUGGGCUGACAAGACUGCUGCUGCCCUGGCUCGCCAGGACGCUGGGUGCAGAAAAGCAGGUGGUGGGAGUCGUAUGAUGUGCGGGGAUGGCAAAAUGGAUCUUCAGCCUGUCGGAGGGCAGAGAAAGGUGCCAAAGCAGCCUGUUCCGCUCUGAGCGAGUGGGGGACAUCCAGAACUCGGAGGACAGGCUACAGGACACAACUGAGACUCUGGGGUCUGGGAGCCUGAGCCCCAUGAAACUAAGUGUGUCUCUUGAGAGGUGCCUGCUGCUUCUUCACACCCCUGCUGAUCAUGCGUGUAUUCAGCCCCCCUCAGCAGAAGGUGUGUUGACCGUGCCUGAGGACCCCAAGGGGAGAGGUGGGAUUCUGUGCAAACUAUCUAAUGCCUCCAGAGUCAGACAGGAAACGAUGGGUUUUUCCCCCAGUUGCUACCAUGUACCUAAAGCAGCUCCAGCCUUUCCCCUGUCCAGGGGGAAGCUACCGCUCUCUGGCUGUCCACAGCCGAAGGAGGUGCUGUUGUUCGUUCAUGCCUGAGCGGUAGGAAUUGUGUCUGUGACUCAGCCCCAUGGAGGCCUCGAGGUUUCUGGGCCGUGUGCUUCAGCCUCUGGCAAGGAGCUGGCUGCCAGUUCGGGAGGCCGCAAGUGCUGAAUUGCCAAAGCUGUUUUAGAAACCAAGCAAAGGGCACAAACCAAAACCUGCCCUGGGUGGAUCUCCGUUGGCAGGGCAAUAUUUGGCCUCGUCCCUAGCGUGCCUUGCUCUAAACUGGUUUUCUGCUCAGGUGUGGGCUCGCAUGGCUUCAUGCGAAAUGGAAGUGCUUUCCCUGAAAUGGCAGAGUGCAAAGUAAGACAUCUUCCAAUUUCAAGGCCCCAUUGGCUGCCCUGUGGGAUGGAGGGGAAAAAACCAUGGUGGGUCAGAACAGGGAGUGCUGUAUGCAAACCAUCGAUCCUUCCCUGAGCCCCUCUCCUGCUUUUGGGAGCCUCUGGGACCACGGCCACCCUUCUUGGCAUACUGCCCAUCCUGCCAUAGGGUUCCCCUGCCUGAGGGUGAAGUACUUGAGUCUGUAACAAAACAGCUCUCCCAUUCAGCAGACAUGGAGUUUCCUGUUUCUGGGGAACGUGGAAUCUGGCCUAACGUUAAUUCUGACUAGCUGGACAUUGUCCACGUAUGUAGCCAGGCUCUGAUCAGACCCCUUGCUCCUCUCGUGCUGUCAAGGCCAGUAAAGCCCUUUGCUGAAGCUUUUCUGCAGGUACCGAAUAAAAAGUAGGAAAGCCAAGAGUGGGGUAAGUCUGGUGUAGCUUUAAAACCCUGCUCUCCUAGGCCCCCAAGAAACUAAACGGUUGGUGGUUCUUGUGCCAGGCUGGGUGUGGAGACACUCUCUGGUGUUUGGAUUGUGACCCAUUUCCAUUUAGCCUGGGUCAGUAAAAACUAAUAUAGGGGUUCUGCUUGCACCCAUACAAGCCAGCUUUAAACUGAUGCCAGUGCCUACGCCCCCACAGUCUUCCACCAGUUUAACCCUAAUUAAUCAGUGAAUUCAAGUCCUGUGCCAUGGGAGCUGCUGCUGCGUGUACAUCAGAUUCCUCUCUUUUUCUGAGCCAGUUUUUAGCUUGUGCUUGCCAUUGGCUUUCUCUCCACUUAUGUGGCUGCAAACGGGGCCUGAGACAGGUUUAGGGCUGAAGGCAGCCAGCCAAACAUCUUACAGUUGCCCAGCCAAGUGAAGGGCUAGGCUGCUUAGUGUGGGCCUGAUUCUGAUCUCGUUCUGCUUGUAUGCCAGGAACUCUGUUGUCCUUAGUGAGGGUGCUCCUGAUUUAAAGGGGUGUGAGAGGAGAAUUGACACAUGCCUAGGUUCUCAUCAUGGCAGGACUGCUGGAAGGGCCUAGUACCUAUAUGUUUCUGUAUUGAGUCAGGCCUUAUACAGGAGCAGGCUGAACGUGGCUGUCUUACUGAGUGCGGAAAUGGGUUGCUGUCCUACUGCUGUGUACCCAUGGCGCAAAGCUGAGCUCAGCGUUGAUAACCCCACCAAUUGUUGGGCCAGCAAACUGCUUCUCUUCUCAAAUAACUGCCUGCAUGCUGCGUCGCCCUUCCAGCCCUGCGCGGAUUCAAAAUUUGUAUCCGCCUCCAACCUGCAAAAAAUGAUCCGUGGAUACCUGCAUCUGCGGCUAUAAAGCGGAUAUUUUCAGGGCUUUAGAUACCACAUUUGGAUCCUCAUCCAUCCGCGAUGGGCAAAAAGGGUCCUUGGAUAUCUGCGGAUGUAAAGUGGAUAGCCACCGAUUUGCAGGGCUCUAGUCACCUUCAACUUGCAUUGCUCCAUCUGCCCCAAAAGGCUGCCAGUCCCGAUCCCUGCCGGGUAACAGUGCUAACCUGCUUCUUCACUCCCACUGCAAACUCGAUCCCUUCCUACCAUGUGUAACUCAGGUAGCAGGUGAACUUUUAGCUUUUCAGAAUAAGCCCUGCUGGAUUCAGAAAUGCAAGAACAACACCACUUCUUCCAAGGAGGAGACACCUCCACAAAUCAACCUUCCAGCUGUUCCUCUCAUCUGGAAAGGAUUUGCACAUGGUCCUUGGCUGGCUCAGUGAUGUUUGCUAGGUGGAUAGAGCUGUGCAAGCAAUUCCCGUGCCACAAAUGUUAAGUACUGUAGCAUUUCUGUAAUCUGUGCCCACAUGUGAACAGGCCGUGUGCCUGCUUUUCAGUGGAUCUGGGGGUGAGAUCUGUUGUCAGGCCAUCAUCCCCUUUAAAAUAAGGGGUGACUAGGCACUGUGCUAUAGAGAAGGGAAGCUAGAUGACAGCUGUCAAGUGGAACUAACAAAGGGCAUCUCGUGCUGGGUUUUUAUUGAUUUGCAUCCAUGCGACAUUGAAGCACACCCUAAUCUGCGAUGGCUCACCUAGCUCUUGGGCCAAGUGACUGAUGAUUUGUUUGUGCAAUGGUGGUGGACUCUAGGGACUAGUUUUCUUCUCACUGCGAGGAAUGAGGGAAGGGACUGUAGAUCAUGCGGGGGAGCCUCAGCUGGGGUUACGACCCCUCCUUCAGCUGGGCAUAGCUGGCGAAGCUGGUGUUGCUCACAGUCUCCUGAGCCCUCUUCUAGACAACAGGGUGAUGGGUGCAUUAUCAACAUCUGAUAACAGGAGCAAAAGCCCUUGUUACUUAUCCCAGGGUUGCCUGCAUGAGGAAUUAACAGUCAGGUAGCCGCUUCCUGGACAUGAGCUAUGCCAGUUCUGGCAGCCCCAGACUUUGGUCACUUCCAGGGGGAAGAGCGGAUGGUGCUGAGCUGAUAAGCAGCCAGCUAAAGCCUGACCUGCCGCUCAAGCAGGAAAGUGGGAGAAGUAGCAGUACAGAUUAGCGUCCCUGUGUCCCUCCACCCCCAUAGCUGGUUAGAGUGCUGACAGGCCCUAGCUUUCUGCUGGUGGAAGCUGGAAGUGUGAUGUGUCUCCCUGAGCCUGCUGGGCUGGGAGUUAGAUGCUAUUAGUUUUCAAAGCGGCAACCCAGCACCUGCUGCCCAAGCUGUCCCCUGAGGAAACCCAAACUCCCCCCACUCCAGUCCCUGCUAGCCGUAUGCACGUCCCAUACACCGAGGAUUAGUGUUGCCUCUUGGUAGAUCUGGGGUAAUGUCUUUCUCUGCUGGACAUGGCAGGGGAAGGUUGUGUUGUAAAUGAAUAAAUCUCAACGAGCACCUUGCCCAGUGUACAGGCGGCUCCGAGCAUGGGUCUCAAUGUCUUGGAGAGAACAGCAGCUCUGCUGGAAGACCCCAGACAUAGUCCCAUUCAAAGCAAAGCCUUGCCAUGUCCCAGGAGUCCUUAAUGGAAGGUGUGAAUUCUAGGAACAGAGCCAAGAGCCUGAUUGGCUUAUAGCGUGUAACUGCCUCUGCCUGUUUAAUAAGGAAUGUGAAUUUCAAGAACAUAGAGAUGAAGGGCCUGGUGGCAUCCAAAACCAUGCGGCUGGAAUUGCCAGGGACACCAGCAGUCCAGAGCUAGGCACUUAAGAGUUCCCUUCUUUGCAGUGAAGGACCCCAAUCCUGCCUAUCCCUCGCCUCCCAUACAUUGUCGUCUUCAAAAAUUUCCACUCCUUCCAACCUACUGCCCAUGGAGAUCAGCACCCCACGGUGCCAGGGGCUGUACAUACAGCUGGGGAGAGCCUCUCCCUGCUCUGAAGAUCUAACCCAAAGAGUGGGAUGGGAGGCAGGCACAGAGAGGCAGUGAUUUUCCCCCAGGUCACCCAGGAGCAGAGCUGGAACUAAAAGCCACAUCUUGUGAGGCCCAGUCCAUUGCUGGGAGCCAAUCUGGAGGGUGUUUCUGACUGGAGGGGGCUGUAGGCCUUCAGAGUGAGAGAUGCUUGUAUCUUUUCCCCUGGGCUCUGAGCAUCUACAGCUUUCCAGCCUUCCUCUGCCAAGUCCUCUCUCUGCACCCACUGUGAGCUGCUCCUUAGAGAUGAACUGGAGGAAUAGCCAGGUCACCUCCCCCACUGGACUGCUGGGUUCUCUGGGGCAUCAUGGAGUCCUGGCUCACCCCUACUCCUAGGGUCUGUGCACCAGCCUAGGACACCCUCCAUCCAUCCUUUCAGUUAACAGAAGGAAGCGGUGAGACCACACUGGUGCCCCACAUGGGAGCGCAGGCUGCUCUGUGGACAGAUCCACGUAUCUCCUCUUACCCUCUCCUCUGCCUCCCUGCUGAAUCACAGCCUCUGUGGGAGAUGGGCAGAGGGCCCAGAACCAUGUCGCCAAAAUGCCCUGAGUUCGAGAGUUCCGGGUAAGUGGGAGCGAGAUGCAGACUAGGCCUGUGUUGAACCAAAGUCAAAGCCAAACCCACCAGUUUUGGCAAACAUUGGUAGUUUGGGUUUUGCAGUCUCCCCUCCAACCCCUUAUGCUCUUCCUGGCUCUGUCCCUCACUCCACAGAGAUGCCUUCGUUCCAUCCCUUGUGCUACAGAUGCUCCCUCUGUUGCCCUCUCCAGGCAUUUACCUGCCAAAAUUCCUGCGCUCCCUGGCAUGACUGAUCCCUUCAUCUUCCUGCUCUGGGAGCUGGCAGGAUUCGCCCUUCUAAGGGGCUCCCUAGGGGCACCUGGCUACUAGGCUCACUGCAAAACCCCUUGCUAGGCUGAUCUGGCCACCCAUCCGAGAACCUGCUGCCACUUCAUUCCGGCCUGCCUGGGCGUGGUGAUCAGCGGCCUUUGUUCCUGCCGUCGGCAUGGCCAUGGGGCCAAAGGUAGCAGUGAAGCCUAAUUUACAGGCAGCUCAGAACGCAGGUGGGGCAGAACAAAACGUGUUGGCACAGAUGGGGCGAUGUUCAGAGAGCUGCUUUCACACGGCUUAUCGAGCGAUGCCUGGAAGCUGCAGCAACUCACUAGCUUAAUAACAUCAGCACGGGACGAAGCUGCCUUUAAUGUAGGGACACACGUUUGUGGGCAGGGAGCUUUUCUAUUAAUUCUGCAGCAAACCAAGCAAAUCACGGAGCUGGGCACCUGGGCUCAGAAAUGGGGAGGGGCGUGGAUGAGGCAGUGCUUGGGUUCCUGUGCCAGGGCACCUGAGAGAGAAGGGUGGGGCGUUGCCCCUCCAGGAAUGCUGGCAGAGAAUGUGACACACAAGGCAGACCCCAGGGAAUCUCCACUGUGAUGAAGAAACAGGACAGCCUGAGGUUGAUUCCGCAGCACCUUCCAGGCACCACAAAAACCCAUUCUGACGAAUGUCCAGUGUAUUCCUAGACCUAUUGCGUGGCAAUCUUCAGGCAAGAUGGAAACAACGCGGCGCUGAUAGUACCGAUUGCAAAACUCCAUGCACAAGGCGAGCUCAGCAUGCCAGCCGGAACUGAUCAAACCACCACGUGCAGACACAACGCAGGCUCAGCUCUGCUGAAUGUGGGGAGCAACUCAAAAAGCAAUGGCACUCACUGACUCUAGCUACCAAGGGAGCUCAGCUCUGGCUACUGUGCCAGGUGCCCCUCUGCUGAUUGCAUAACCUCUCGGGUGUGAGCAAAGCAGGAACAGCGAUGGCCUCUCUUGGAAAAGUCCUUCCCGUCCCCUGUACUCAGCGGGAAGAGAUCAGGGAGGGGGUUGCCUCCUGCUGUCCUAGGGGGAGACUGAGUUGGCCAGGUCUGUGUUGAGACCCCCAAGAAGUUGCUUGCAUUUCCUGUGCAAUGGAGGCAGGAUGGUGCCCCAGAUGGCUGUUCCAGUAGAGUGGUUGCAGAUGGUCAGACUCUUCUGAAUGCAGGGGAGGGUUGGUAGGAGCCUGGGGCACUUUGGACCAGCAGGAGUGGCUCACCACCUGUCAAGCCAUAUCCCACCAUGUGAGCUGCUCAGGGACUGGGGCGGUGGGGUGGGGUUGGUUAUCGUAGCUGCCAUGCUGGUGGCUAGCCAUGGGAGUCCUUCAGAAGGGUCAGACAGCGGAGUGCGUUCCCUUUAGCCAGAGCUUCUGUGGCCUUGAAAUUUCACCUGUUACUUCCCAGUGUUCAGAAAAUAGCCCAGUAACAUGGCUUUGGCCACCUUGAAGUAUACCCCCUGCCUCUCAUGAAGUGCUGUGUAGGGUAAGCCAGUGCUCUAUCCCACAGCAGAGCUGGGUUUAAUUCCCACGGGUGGACUCCCACCACCCCUUCUCUCUGGCCUUACAACUCUGGCUAAUGCACUGCAGGGAACUCUGGGAAAGGGAAGCUAAUAGACCUUUUUCUUUGCUCAUUUCUGUGAUUCAGCUGCAAGUCCCAGGAUAUAAGGUAAGGAGUGUACAUGGGACUAACCCUCCCAUCCUACCCAGGCCUUCAGCAGUGAAGGGAACUGGUUGAAGAAAAUUCAACAGUUUUGUGUUCCCUUAACUUGUUCCUAACGCUGAACCCCAGUUGAGUUCUUCUGUCAUCAGCAGAACCAGUCAUUCCCAACACUCACUGAACACUUAAGGUCAGGUUUAGAUGAGUCUUUUCACAUACCCAAGGCUACAAUUCAUCUCUCUUAUUUUGGAGGAUUUUGCUGUGUAUGAUGGGCUGACACUCUCGUAAAGGGUUCUGGGUAAGGAAGCGCUCUAUAAAACUCCCUGGCUUUCAACUGGUUAUCAGAGUUGCUGAAGAAAGGAUCAUUGAGGAAAGUUUUCAGAGUAGCAGACGUGUUAGUCUGUAUCUGCAAAAAGAAAAGGAGUACUUGUGGCACCUUAGAGAUGAACAAAUUUAUUUGAGCAUAAGCUUUCGUGAGCUACAACUCACUUGAAACACGAGCUCCACGAUCUUGGUUUAGAGAUGGGAACGAUCACAUGGGUUCUCUGGUGUGUUCUCUGGGUCAGGGAUUCCCAGAUGUGUCCAUAGCCUAACCUACAACUUAGUGAAUGGUUUGGACCCUUCCUCUCCCUUACCAAUCAGUCUCCCUCCUGAUCGCGUGGACCCUCUCCCUUCCCACCUACAGUCCCAUAGGGUCCCUCAAGCCAGGGCAGCAGUUGCUGACCUGGAUAAGUGAAGCUUGGAGAGGAUUUAAUGUAUCUGAAGGGUCUUUGAUGCAAUGAAAGCAGCUGGAGGUGAGGCGGAGACAGCACUGUGGGACUAGCCAGCUCUCCGCAGAUCACCAGCAAGGGUUCCAUGGACUGGUUAGGGAACGACUGCCCUAGGGGCCAGUGCAAGAAGGUUUCCUACCGCACGUUCUCCUACACAUUCUCCUACCAGCACAUCGUGUGCGAGUCUGUUCCUUGCUCUGUAGAUCUUGCUGCUUCAACAGCAAACGUUUCCUGUGCUCAGUGUCAUUCCAGCUAGACAGACCUUGCUCCAUCCACCUUCUCUGGACCAUCUGAAACCAUUCCUCUCCCUCGUUGGCAAGGGCUGGCCCUAAAAGUCUGGGUGCUCCAAGAGACACUGUUAUCGUGUCAUAGAAUAUCAGGGCUGGAAGGGAUCUCAGGAGGUCAUCUAGUCCAACCCCCUGCUCAAAGCAGGACCAGUCCCCAACUUUUGCCCCAGAUCCCUAAAUGGCCCCUUCAAGGAUUGAACUCACAACCCUGGGUUUAGCAGGCCAAGGCUCAAACCACUGAACUAUCCCUCCCACUGUUGGGUCAGGGGGAGAGGGGUUCUCACAGGAAGAGAAAACUAGGGUCUGAUUGCACUUCAUGGGAGAGCUGCCAAUACAAAUCUCACCUGCCCUUGUGCAUUGGAAAGCCAAGACAUUGCACUGACCUGUCCGUGUGGGGGAGCUGGGGCUCUGUCCCUGGGCCUUGUACACACCGUUAUAGAAGCACGGCCAGUGUGUGACGUGAGUAGAGACUCAGCUGGUGGUAGCUGGAGCACAUUCUACUUCGGCAGUUGCCCCUCUCUGUCCCUUCCUGCCCCCAUCGUGUCUCAGUCACGAGGCGCUGGGGUGGGAGAGUGGCACAGGAACCAGAGCAGGAUGAAGGGAGCGGAGCAGGGCCGAGAAUCUGCCCCCGUGUGUUUUAAGAGCUCCGGGAACUUUGCUUGCAGGGAGAUUUUAUUUUUCUCUGUACUGCGUGUUUCACAGUCACUCUGCAUGCAGAUGAUCCGGCUCAUGGAAAACCAAAGCCUCUUGAGGCUGAGACCUUCUAUUUCUCCACCAAACGCUGUGGC